AAAACCGCCGAAGAAGAAGAAACCGAAGUCAUUUUGUAUUUUCGUUCGUUUAACAUGUUUCAGGUGUUGGGUUUAUUUGUGCCCGUCACAGAGUUUUAAGGGUAACAUUUGUACUUUGCAUCGUUAGCGAGGAGGUACUUAUUAGCAGUGAGAGCAUGAUGAACUAUUCCGACUAUGACUCUGAUGGAUAUUCGUCGAAUGAAGAUGCAGACUAUGUCCCAUCAGAUGAUAACCUCAGUGAGGAUGACAUAAAUGAGUGUGAGAAGGAGGACCCUCUUCAUGAGGAUGACACUGUGCCCCAUUCUGAGCCCAUCAGCAAGAAAAAAAAGAAAAAAGACAUCAGUGUGAGAAAGAGGAAGAAGAGAUUACUGAAAGUAGACGACAAAGAUGAAGAUGUUGGUGGAGCUAAAGAGGCGGAUAACCCACAAGAAGAAGUGAAAACACCCACUAAGGCAAAGGAUCAGGAUGAUGAAGCAAAACAGAAGAAAAAGUCAGAUGAACUUUGGGCCAGUUUCUUAUCUGACGUCGGAUCGAGACCCAAAGAGUCUGCACCACAGUCGGGUACCACACAGAAGGAUGAUUCCACAGUUUCCAAGACUGCUUCUGCGGUGACUGAAACAAAGCCGUCAGGUCCCGCUAAAGUCACCAUCACCAAAGUUUUUGACUUUGCGGGUGAGGAAGUUUGGGUGAAUAAAGAGGUUUCAGCUGACUCCAGGGAAGCAAAGAGUUAUCUCAAGAGCCAGAGCGUCAACGAGGACGAGAAGAGCGAAAACGAGAAGACGUCAUCACCCUGUUCUCCACCGCUCCCUGGUUCCAGUACUAAGCGCCCAGCAGGCAUGUCAAAUGUCCUAAGUCGUAUUGGGGGAAAGAAACAGAAAAUGAGUACAUUGGAAAAGUCAAAAAUGGACUGGGAUGCUUUUAAAUCUGAGGAGGGCAUCACCGAGGAGCUGGCUAUCCACAACAGAGGCAGAGAAGGGUAUGUGGAGCGGAAGAAUUUCUUGGAGCGCGUCGACCACCGCCAGUUUGAGUUGGAAAAGGCAGUACGACUGAGCAAUAUGAAGCAAUGACACAGACCGACAACACACACACUCGCACAGAGAACAGAUUUUUUUUUUUUUUUUUUUUUUUUUUUCCUGCAGCUCUUUCUUUCUCUAAUGAGACAGGUGCUGUUCUCCCUUUAAAGUGAGCUCAAACUACUGUUCUUGCUCGAGUCUAUUUCAGGCUCGGUAUAUUAAUAGGCUCAGUUUGUACGAAGGAGGUUUGCUGCGUGUGCUUCCAUCCUUGUGUAACCAAUAACGAAUCUCAGACCUUCACACUGCAUCCCUCCUGCUUCCUCAAGUGGCUGAUUUAAGACCUCAAGGACGGAUUAAAACCCACACUGGUUUAUUGUAAUUUUUGUUUUGUUUUUUUGCAUAAUUUCUCUCUGUUAUUGAACUUUCAUACCCCUCAGGAUCUGGGAACAUUAUACCAUCUAUAGUGUAAAACCUGACAGGCCAAGAAGCACAAGAACUCAGACGAUCUGUCUGUCUUGUUAGGGUAGAGGCUGUAAUUAUGUAUCUUUGUUGGUGCCGACCAAAACCACAAACACAAUAAUUUUGUUUUCAGUGAGCUCAAAGCAGAGCCAUGCAGUAGGUAAUACUCACCAUAUUGAUGACUCCAAAAUAGCUGAAUCAUAAUGUGGUACGUUACAGCUGCUGUUUAUUAAAAGAAAAAAAAGUUACUUCAUCCAUAAGACCGUUAAGUACCUCUGUCUGCUGGCUGAUUCACAGAUCAAAGUGUACUUUGUAGAAUUGUAGUAUUAGUAAUAGUAUUUUUUUGUUUGUGAUAAGCAAAUGUAUCCGUUAGGUUCAGUGGACAAAUUGUUGCAUGGCAACAGAAAGUGAGAAAGUGAUUGGACGUUUCUCUCUGGUGUACCUCUGGUGUUUUAUCAAUUAAGGAAAACUGUUUGAACUGUCUUAUUUCAUUGAUAGAAUCAGGAUAGUUUUGUGAUGGGUUUUUAACAUGAUUCACAUUGUCAUGGAAACAAAUCUGUAUAUUGCAGAGUUUGAAGCUGAUGAUAAAAACCACUGUGUACAGUU